CAUAAUAAAGAACGACGUUAUCCUCGUGGUCCAUGGUUUCCUUCUACUUGCAGGCCGGGGGACCUUUGUGUGAAUAGUUGCGUUGACAAUCUCCUAAAUUCUGCAAAAUUCGAUUUUUCCCCUCCACUUCUGGUUCUCUUGUAAGCUCCCUCUAUUGCAUAGGAUUGUUUGGUCGAGAAUGAACAUUUUUGCUAAAAAACCCACUGCGAAAGAUGCGCUUCGCGAGAGUAAGAAAGAAAUGGCUAAUGCGACAAGGGGUAUUGAGAAGGAGAUUGGCGCAUUGCAAUUAGAAGAAAAGAAACUUCUUGCUGAGAUUAAGAAGACUGCCAAAACAGGAAAUGAGGCAGCAACUAAAAUUCUUGCCCGUCAGCUUAUCAGGCUGAGGCAGCAAAUUGCUAAGUUACAAGGUAAUCGAGCUCAAAUGCGCGGUAUAGCAACUCACACGCAGGCAAUGUAUGCCAACACUUCAGUUGCCAAUGGCAUGAAGGGUGCAAGUACGGCAAUGGCAGCCAUGAAUAAGCAACUCACACCUGCAAAGCAGAUGAAGGUGAUGCAAGAAUUCCAGAGGCAAUCAGCACAAAUGGACAUGACGACUGAGAUGAUGUCAGAUACCAUAGAUGAUGCCUUGGACAAUGACGAGGCUGAAGAUGAAACUGAGGAGCUAACAAAUCAGGUGCUGGAUGAAAUUGGUGUUGAUGUUGCAUCACAGUUGUCAGCAGCUCCCCGGGGGAGAGUUGCAGGAAAGAAGGGUGAGGAUGUUGGGAGUUCGGGUGUGAAUGAGCUUGAGAAGAGGCUUGCAGCCCUACGAAACCCAUGAGCUGAAGAUAGAGUUGACCUUUUGCUUUGUGGAGUUUUAUUCAAGGGCCAAGGCAAUAUCUUACGCAUGCUGCACCUACCACAGCUUGAGAAGAAUCCAAUUCCUGUUAUCACUCUCAUCAUGAUGGUUUCUCAAUGACUUCUUUGUAUCUACAGCAUUUUGUGAAAAAUGAAACCCAACGCCAGACAAUAAAACAUCUCAACAUCUGCA